AUGCUCUCGAGCUGGGGGUACGCCUCCGGGACGGGCCGAGCGGGCUUCGACCUCGACCGCCUAUGGAGCUUCCUGACGACUGGGAUCCAGGGCCGGGCUGGGAAGCUUUACGUGACCAUGCACGAGUUCGUCCGGGGCUCCCAUACCCUCGGUUUCGGCGGCAACGCCCGCCUCCUCUUCCGCGGCCUGGACGCGGAGGGGCGAGGCCAGUUGUGGCGCCGCGACCUGGAGGCCCUGCAGCUGCUAGCGCCGCGCCAACACCAGGCGCAGCACCACGGCGCGCCCCCCCAGAUCUGCGAGCUCCGGGCCUGGGCGCAGGAGCUCGGCGGGACCGACCGCUUCCUCGCCAUGGUCGGGCUGGGCGAGGGCAGCGGCGCAGGC